CGCGGCCACCUGCAACCACCGCGCAACCCCGCAACGUCGCUCAGCCGAAUCGUCCCCUCCCCCCCCCCCCCCACCCCUAAUCCGGACCCACAAAGCCGCACGAGACGAGAACAUCAAGGACGCGCGGAAGCGGAAGCGAAACCCCAACCCCAGGAAGAGCCAGAGGGAGAGCGCGCGGAUCCUCCAAACCCUAACCCUCCACCUCCGCUCGUCGCCGGCGAUGGCGAUGGAUGCGGAGCGGCGGCAGGCGGAGCUGAUCGGGCAGUUCUCGGCGCAGGCGGCCGCGCUGUCCUCGGCGCCGCAGCUGGCCGCGCUGGUGCUCGAGGCCACCUCCCAUCCAGCCCUCUUCGCCUUCUCCGAGCUCCUCACCCUCCCGGCCCUCUCCAAGCUCGCCGGCACGCAGUACGCGUCGUCCCUGGACGUGCUCCGGCUCUUCGCCUACGGCACCUUGAAGGAUUACAAGAGUAAUUCUGGCUCCCUUCCUGCGUUGUUGCCUGAUCAAGUCCGGAAGCUGAAGCAACUCAGUGUGCUAACUCUUGCUGAGUCAACCAAGGUACUACCGUAUGAUCAACUCAUGCAAGAGUUGGAUGUUUCCAACGUAAGAGAACUCGAAGAUUUCCUCAUCAAUGAGUGCAUGUACUCAGGUAUUGUUAGAGGCAAAUUGGAUCAGCUGCGAAGGUGCUUUGAGGUACAAUUUGCAGCUGGAAGGGAUCUUACACCUGAUCAACUGACCAACAUGAUAGAUACCUUGUCUGACUGGCUGGAAACAUCGGAUAGCUUGUUGCAUCAAAUUCAGGAGAAAAUCAAGUGGGCUGACACAAUGAGUGAGGUGAACAAGAAGCACCAGAAAGAAUUUGAAGACAGAGUGGAAGAAGCCAAAAAAUCAAUCAAGUUGAACAAUUUAAGCAGGCAGACAUCGACUUACGGGGGCAUGACGACUUUCUCUCUGAAUCUGGAGGAAUAAUGGAUUUUGAAGAGGACCGCAUCCGACCAAAAAGGAGGCGACAACCAAUGGCGUAGUUUCAAUGAAGUCUUUACCCAUCUCUCCCCGCAUGUGAAGUACUGAUGCCUUUCUUGAGACAUUUUGACGCCAGAGUUGAGUAAAACAUUCUUCAGUUAUGGUGCCUCCUUUAAAGCUAGUCUGUUAUUAUUGCCUUCUGGAGAAACUGCUUGUCUUUUUGGUAGAGAUGUACAAGGAGGUCCCUCUUACCGCUGCAUUUAUUUAGUAGUGAAUUACAAAUGGUUGAAUUAGGGUCUGUUCGAUUCAGUUGAAGAUUAUAAAAAGCAGUUUGUAGAUUGUAAAAGCUGGUGGAAUACUGAUUGCUGUAUUAUUACAAUUUGGGGGCUAAAUUGUAAUAAUGCAACUUUUACAAUCUAGCUGGUUGUUUUAGCUUGCAGAUUAUGACCAUAAUUCAACUUUUGCAAUCCAACUAUUUGUUUGGGCUUA